CAAGGAGUCUGGGCGAGAGGAGCUUAUCUCUCUCCAUUGCUACAGAGACUUGACUAGAAGGAGACCCAUCUGUCAGAUGUUUGAUGGUCAUCAGAAGAUGACCCCAGAGACAUGAACAAUAGGUGAGAAGGACAGACGAUUCUCUUUUCCUGAUUCGGGCUGCAAGGGCCACAGCAAGGACAGGGCAGGCAAGAAAAGUGUAAGAAAGGCAGGUCUGAGGCAGAAGGAAAGCUAAGGAAGAGGUGGCUGCUUGGCCUGACAAACAAGACUGGCUCCCUUCAAAGACUUCCGUGUUUGACUGAUUCCAAACAUCAGGGAAAAGGAGAAAACUCAAAGGAGAUCCUCUCUAUGUCCUGUCCCCAGUCAGCACUAGUGUUCCAAGAAGACUACAAGCAGGCUGGGGGAGAGAAGAUUACCUCUCUCCAUUGCUACAGAGACUUGACUAGAAGGAGACCCAUCUGUCAGACGUUUGAUUGUCAUCAGAAGAUGACCCCAGAGACAUGAAAAAUAGGUAAGAAGGACAGACGAUUCUCUUUUCCUGAUUCGGGCCGCCAGGGCCACAGCAAGGACAGGGCAGGUAGGAAGAGUUAAAUUCUUCUUCAUUGUUUCUUUCUCUAUUCUUUUGUCCCUUUUUCUUCCUCAUUCCCUCCCUUCCUCUCUGUUUUUCCCUCUCUCUCUCUCUCUCUCUCUCUCUCUCAGUCUCGCACAUUCUGCCUCUCUGGGGCGGAUCUGCACUAUAUUGAUGAUUAAUAUACAAGGAAGAGACAUGACUCUUUCUCUUGUAGAGUAUUUUGACAACAGGAUUGAAGAAAGUAAAGGGCACUCAGUACAAGCACCAUGCUCUCCCUCUCUCUCAUUGCCAUGGGCAAGAGCACUAAACCAGGGGCAUUUUCACAUCAGGACAAAAGAGAAAACUCACAUGAGCUGGUCUCUUUCUCCUGUUUCCCGCAAGCAAGACUAGAGCGGCAAGAAGGCUACAUGGAGAGAGACAGAGAGGAACUUAUCUUUCUCUCUCCGUUGCAACAACAGGAGGUGGAUGUGAGAGACCAAUCUGGCAGAAGUUGCAUGGUGCUCAGAGGAUGAGACAACAGGAAAGAGAUGAGCAAUACAUGAGCAAGAGAGAAGAUUGUGUUUUGCUGAGUCAGGCCACUAGGAACACAGCUAAGGAAAAGAGACUUUAGGAAAGGCAGGUCUCAGGCAGGAUGAGAGGGAAGCAAGUGAUGCCUGCUUGGCAUGACAAAGAGGACAGGCUCCCUUCCAGGCCCUCUCCAUUUGACUGAUUCCAAACAUCAGGGAAAAGGAGAAAACUCAAAGGAGAUCCUCUCUGUCUCCUGUCCACAAUCAACACUAGUGUUGCAAGAAGACUACAAGCAGGCUGGGGGAGAGGAGCUUAUCUCUCUCCAUUGCUACAGAGACUUGACUAGAAGGAGACCCAUCUGUCAGGUGUUUGAUGGUCAUCAGAAGAUGACCCCAGAGUAUUUUGGCAAAGACAUGAACAGUAGCUGAGCAGGAGAGACGAUUCUCUUUUCCUGAUUCAGGCUGCCAGGGCCACAGCAAGGACAGGGCAGGAGACCAAUCUGGCAGAAGUUGCAUGGUGAUCAGAGGACAAGACAACAGGAAAGAGAUGAGCAAUACAUGAGCAAGAGAGAAGAUUGUGUUUUGCUGAGUCAAGACACUAGGAACACAUCUAAGGAAAAGAGACUUUAGGAAAGGCAGGUCUCAGGCAGGAAGAGAGGGAAGCAAGUGAUGCCUGCUUGGCCUGACAAAGAGGACAGGCUCCCUUCCAAGCCCUCUCCAUUUGACUGAUUCCAAACAUCAGGGAAAAGGAGAAAACUCAAAGGAGAUCCUCUCUGUCUCCUGUCCACAAUCAACACUAGUGUUGCAAGAAGACUACAAGCAGGCUGGGCGAGAGGAGAUUACCUCUCUCCAUUGCUACAGAGGCUUGACUAGAAGGAGACCCAUCUGUCAGACGUUUGAUGGUCAUCAGAAGAUGACCCCAGAGUAUUUUGGCAAAGACAUGAACAGUAGCUGAGCAGGAGAGACGAUUCUCUUUUCCUGAUUCAGGCCGCCAGGGCCACAGCAAGGACAGGGCAGCAAGACUAGAGCUGCAAGAAUACUACAUGGAGGGAGACAGAGGGGAACUUAUCUUUCUCUCUCCAUUGCAACAACAACAGGAGGUGGAAGUGAGAGACCAAUCUGGCAGAAGUUGCAUGGUGAUCAGAGGACGAGACAAAAGGAAAGAGAUGAGCAAUACAUGAGCAAGAGAGAAGAUUGUGUUUUGCUGAGUCAGGCCACUAGGAACACAGCUAAGGCAAGAAGACUUUAAGAAAGGCAGGUCUGAGGCAGAAAGAAAGUCAGCACUAGUGUUGCAAGAAGGCUACAAGCAGGGUGAGGGAGAGGAGCUUAUCUCUCUCCAUUGCUACAGAGACUUGACUAGAAGGUGAAUAUGGGAAAAGGGGGAAGUGGGAAGGUAGAUGCUUUCUCUUUGAGAUCCAGGACAAGAGGAGCAAAGCAAGGAGAAGAUGAGGUAAAAACAGAAGAUUGUCCCUCUCUUCCUUUUCCUCCUGCUGGAAUGCCCUCUCCAGGAGACCCAUCUGUCAGACGUUUGAUGGUCAUCAGAAGAUGACCCCAGAGGACAUGAACGAUAGGUUAGCAGGACAGACGAUUCUCUUUUCCUGAUUCAGGCUGCCAGGGCCACAGCAAGGACAGGGCAGGGGGUACCCCAGGAGAGCAGAGCCAUUAGAAAUUAAGGAAGAACAAGAAGAAUGUCCCUCGCUUUCCUUUGCUACUCUUAUUAUCCCCUCUCCAGGAGACCAAUCUGGCAGAAGUUGCAUGGUGAUCAGAGGACAAGACAACAGGAGAGAGGUGAGCAAUACAUGAGCAAGAGAGAAGAUUGUGUUUUGCUGAGUAAGGCCAGUCGGAACACAGCAAAGGAAAGAAGACUUUAGUAGGAAAGGCACGUCUCAGGCAGGAAGAGAGGGAAGCAAGUGAUGCCUGCUUGGCAUGACAAAGAAGACAGGCUCCCUUCAAUGCCCUCUCCGUUUGACUGAUUCCAAACAUCAGGGAAAAGGAGAAAACUCAAAGGAGAUCCUCUCUGUCUCCUGUCCACAAUCAACGCUAGUGUUGCAAGAAGACUACAAGCAGGCUGGGGGAGAGGAGCUUAUCUCUCUCCAUUGCUACAGAGACUUGACUAGAAUGUGAGUAUGGGAAAAGGGGGAAGUGGGAAGGUAGAUGCUUUCUCUUUGAGAUCCAGGACAAGAGGAGCAAAGCAAGGAGAAGAUGAGGUAAAAACAGAAGAUUGUCCCUCUCUUCCUUUUCCUCCUGCUGGAAUGCCCUCUCCAGGAGACCCAUCUGUCAGGUGUUUGAUUGUCAUCAGAAGAUGACCCCAGAGUAUUUUGGCAAAGACAUGAACAGUAGCUGAGCAGGAGAGACGAUUCUCUUUUCCUGAUUGGGGCUGCCAGGGCCACAGCAAGGACAGGGCAGGGCAAUGAGGGUUAAGUGACUUGUCCAGGGUCACACAGCUAGGGGAGACCCAGAAUUGCAGAGCCAUUAGAAAUUAAGGAAGAACAAGAAGAAUGUCCCUCGCUUUCCUUUGCUACUGUUCUUAUCCCCUCUCCAGAAGACCACCGUGGCAGAAGUUGCAUGGUGAUCAGAGGACGAGACAACAGGAAAGAGAUGAGCAAUACAUGAGCAAGAGAGAAGAUUGUGUUUUGCUAAGUCUGGCCCCUAGGAACACAGGCAAGAAGACUUUAGGAAAGGCAGGUCUGAGGCAGGAAGAAAGAGAAGCAAGAGGUGGCUGCUUGGCCUGACAAACAGGACAGACUCCCUUCAAAGCCCUCCCUGUUUGAUUGAUUCCAAACAUCAGGGAAAUGGAGAAAACGCAAAAGAGAUCCCCUCUGUCUCCUUCUUUCCACAAUCAAGUCUAGUGUUGCAAGAAGACUACAAGCAGGCUGGGGGAGAGGAGCUUACCUCUCUCCAUUGCUAGAGACUUGACUUGAAGGUCCAGCUAGGAGAAGUGUAGCUGUGAAGAAAGUACCAGAAGACCUGAAUGAAGAGACUCUAUUUCAGGGCCUUGUCACAAGAUUGGAGGAAAUUAUGAGCAGGUCCAGUUGGCAGAAGCCAGCCUAUAAAGAGAAAACCAGAAGACAGGUCUCAGGUUGCAGAAGCCUGACUGUGAAGAGAAUACCAGAAGACAGUAAAGAGAUGACCAAUGGUUGGCCAAGAAAGAAGAGGAUAAUAUUCUCCAUCUCCCUCCCUUCCUCUCCUCUCCUGCUCCCACUUGCUCUUUUUCUCGCUCCCCUCUCUUCCCCUUCCUCAUCCUUUUUGUCUUCCCCAUCCUUGGAUGAAUCAGUUUGUCAGAAGCCUGACUGUGAACAAGAUACAAGAUGCCAGGUAUGAGGAUACCCUCUUUAUUUCAGGACCUUGUCACCAGAUUGGAGGAAAUUAUGAGGUGAGAUAGAAUCUCUCACCCAUCUCUAUGUCUCUCUCUGUCUUUCUGAGUCUCUGUCUCUGUCUCUGUCUCCCUCCCUCCCACAAAAGUACAGCAAAGAGAUGACCAUUAUAUGAGCAAGUGAAAAGACUUUCUUUACCAUGGUCAGGCCAAGAGCAUAACAACAAGGAAAUAAUUGGUUGGAAGAAUAUUUUCUUUCUCUCCCCCUACUCUCUCCCUCUGUUUCUUUUUUCUUCUUCCUUGGAAGGAUCAGCUAGCAGAAUUUUGACUGAAUAGAGUGCCAGAAAACAGGUGUGGGGAGAUUCUAUUGCUUGGUAUUGCCACCAUAAGGGAGGAAACUAUGAAUUGUGACAGAGGCUGCUACCUAUUUCUUCCUCUCUCACCUCUCCUCCUUUCCCCCUCUCAUCUCUUCCACUCUCACUUCUCCCUGUUUCUUUUUUUAUCUUACUCUUCUACUUCUUCUUUUUCUUUCUCUUCCUCUUGCUUCCCAGGCCCCAGCUAGCAGAAACCUGACUGAAGAGGCUCUCUUUAUUUCAGGGCCUUGUCACAAGAUUGAAGGAAAUUAUGAGGUAGAAUAGAAUCUUUUACCCAUGUUUCUCUCUCUCCCUCUCUACCACAAAACUACACCAUUGUGAGCAAGGGAGAAGACUGUCUCUUUUCUAGGCAUAGGCUAAUAGGCCAACAGCAAGGAGAUAACAGGCUGGAAGAAGAAGAUUCUCUCUGUCUUUCUCUUGCUCCCUCUCUCUUUUUCUCUCUAGCAAAGAGAUGACUAGCAUAUGAGUACAGGGGAGGGGGAGAAAAUGUCUCUUUUCGAGGGUCAGACCAAGAGGACCAAAACAGGACCAAAACAAGGAGAUAACAGGAUGGAAGAAGAUUAUCUCUUUCUCAGUCUCUCUGUCUCCCUCUCCCUCCCCCUCCCCCUCUCCCUCCCCCUCCCCCUCUAUCUCUAUCUCUUUCUCUUCUUUCUUUUGUUCCUCUUCAUCUUCUGUACCCUGGACAGGCCCAUCUAACCUGACUCUAAAGGGGGUUCAAGAAGACAAAUAAGGAAGACCCUCUUUCUUUGUGGGCCUUGUCACUGUAUUGGAGGAAAUUGGGACAGAGACUGCUCACGCUUGGGUAUGCUCUCUCUUCCCCCUCCCCCUUCUCCCCCUCUCUCCCUUUCCCUCUCCCUCCCAUUCUCCCUCCCUCCCAUCCUUUCCCAUUCUCUCCCCUCACCCAACCAACAGGACACAGAGAGAAAAUCAAGUGAUGCCUCCCUGGCUCUGACAAAUAGGACAAGAUGCCCUCAUUGUUUCCAUGGUGCCAUCCAGCAGGGUUAGACCAAGAGGACCACAGCAAGAAGAUAGCAGGCUAUAAGAGGACGAUUUUCUUUUGUGUGUUCUCUCUUCCCCUUCCAUAUCAGAAACCUGGGCUGUGAACAGGAUACCAGAUGCCAGGCUUAGGCCAAUAGGACCAUAGCAAAGAGAUAACAAGCUGGAAGAAAAAGAUAUUCCCUCUCUCCCUCUCUGCCUCUGUGUGUGUGUGUGUGUGUGUGUGUGUGUGUGUGUGUUUUGGUCUCUCUUUCCUUCUAUCUAUUUUUCUUUCUUGCACUUGCUCUCUCAUUCGCUACCUGGCCCUAGCCAACAAUACUUCAGUAAAGAGAUGUCUAGAAGAGAUUGAAUCAGGAGAUGACAAGAAGAUGAGAUGUGCUUUGGCUGGAAGUGUCUUGUCAAGAAGUUGAGAAGAGGAGAGGAACAUUGAAGAUUGAAGAAGAUACUCUUUUUCCCUGGGUCAAGCUGGCAUAUCCUGUGGCAGAGACUUUUUCUCCCUCCCUUUGCUGCAGCUGUCAGGAUUAUGAUGAGGAGAUAGGAGGCAUCUAUGUGAUGCAGUGGAUUGAGAGCUGAGCCUGGAGUCAGAAGGACCUGAGUUUUGGGAGGCAGAACCAAGAUGACAGAGUGGAGACAGCAAUCCAGCCAAACUCUCCCAACAUUCCCCUCCAAACAACUUUAAAAUAACGUGUCAAAAUUGAAUUCUGGAACAGCAGAGCCAGCAGAGGUCAGGAUUUCAUUUCUAUUUUGAACCAUUUUGGAGUUUCUCAGUGUUGUUCUGGGUUGUUCUGAAAAUCCACAGAAUGGGGAAAAAAUGAUGUGAUUUCUUCGGCUUUAUCCUAAAGUGGCAGACCAAGGAACAAGUAUUGAAAAUUGUGAGGGAGUCAAUUAACCCUAACUGCCCAAUAGUGAAGGCAGCAGGCACUGAGCUUCCCUUUUCUUCAAGCAAAAGUGGGACAACCAUGUGGGACCUGUUGUUGACCAUGGAGACCCCAUCAGACCCUGACUUGCUCAUGGAUUGGUUGGGUGAGCUGGGGGAAAUAAGGAUAUUCAAUGAAAUGGUGGACUUCCAGGGUUUCCUAAAGAAAAGACCAAAACUGAACAGAAAAUUUGAUCUUCAGAUACAAGACUCAAAAGAAAUAUAAAGAGGACUAACCAACUGGAAGAAGAGAAACAAAAACCAAUAACAAGUCAUCAAAGUUCAGUUGUAAGACAAAAGUCAAGAUGACUGUCAAUAACCUGGGGUGCAGUGACCCUGUUGUCUUCAAUGUCUGACCAAUCACCCCACAAUGCUUGCUUCAGCCACCUUCAUAACUUCUGGAACACAUUGUUCUCAUCCACCCAUUCUACUGGGGGAAAUCUUCACAUGCUUGAGAGACCUCAGAAGUGCCCCUGGCUCAGAACAGCUGUGGUGGCCAGAGCUGAAGCCAGACCCCCAGAGGGAGAUCCUUCCCAAGAGCCCCGCGGCCAGCUGAGCUUCUUUCAGACUGUGCAUAUCCAUCCAGAAGCUGCCUCUUCCAUUGGAGACUGGCUGGCUGGUGGUAGGCAGGGAGCAGCACACGGCCUCCACCACCUGCGGGGCUCCAGGACUGCCAUGACGUCCCAGGUCAGAGAACAUUUGGUGCUGUCUGAUCUUGACUACCUGGAAAACAGCAGCUUUUCCUACUACUCAGAAAACGAGUCCACUCCCUGCUGUUCCUCUCCACCCUGCAGCCAUGACUUCAGCCUGACCUUUGACCUGGCCUUCUUGCCCACUCUCUACAGUCUUCUCUUCGUCUUUGGCCUGUUGGGCAAUGGAGCUGUGGCAGUUGUCCUUCUGAGGCAGCGCCGGGCCCUGAGUGGCACUGACACCUUCCUGCUCCAUCUGGCUCUGGCUGACAUGCUGCUGGUGCUGACACUCCCCCUCUGGGCUGUGCAGGCUGCCCGGGAGUGGGUCUUCGGCUCUGGCCUCUGCAAGGUGGCAGGGGCCCUCUUCAAGAUCAAUUUCUACGCAGGGGCCUUCUUACUAGCCUGUAUCAGCUUUGACCGCUACCUGAACAUUGUCCAUGCCACCCAACUCUACCGGCGGGGCCCUGGGACACGCGUGACCCUCACUUGUGUCAUUGUCUGGGGACUCUGCCUGCUAUUGGCCUUUCCAGACCUGCUCUUCCUGUUGGCCCAGCAUGAACCUCGCCUCAAUACCACACGUUGUCUUUAUACCUUCCCCCAGACUGGCCACACAGCCUUAAAUAUCCUGCAGCUGCUGGCUGGUUUCCUCUUCCCACUGCUCAUCAUGGCGUACUGUUACACUCACAUUCUCCUAGUGUUGCUGGGCUCUCGGGGGCAGCGAAGACUUCGGGCCAUGAGGGUAGUGGUAACGGUGGUAGUGGCCUUUGCCCUCUGCUGGACGCCCUAUCACCUGGCCAUGCUGGUGGAUAUACUCAUUGAUGUGAAGGCAGUGAGCAGAGACUGUGAGUGGGAGAGCCAGCUGGAUGUGGCCAAGUCCAUCACUUCAGGUCUUGGCUUUCUGCACUGCUGCCUCAAUCCCCUGCUCUAUGCUUUCGUGGGGGUCAAGUUCCGUGGCCAAAUGCGGACACUGAUAGGGAGGCUGGGCUGCCCAGGCCAGGAGGCCCUCUUGCGCCCAACUCCAACAUCUUCCCGGAGAGAUUCCUCUUGGUCUGAGACCACAGAAGCCUCAUACUCAGGCCUGUAAAGCUGCAGCCCUCUGCCAUCCCUGGUCUGGCCCAUCCCUGCCCAGAUGCUAGCCUCAGCAGGCCUGCUUUACCUGGGCUCUGUGAACUUCUAACUGAAAUGGAGCAUUUCCUUCCAUUCUGAACAUAGGCCACCAAACCAUUUCUCUGAGAAGGUUUUUUGGCUCCAGGAGGCCAGCUGAAGAACCCCCGGACUGCAGCAGCCCAGCU